CCGCCAGAAGUCUACAGUGCCCAAACAUCCACCAGUCCAAGCCAAGGGACGGACGGACCACAUCCAGCUCUACGGCCGGCCGAGGGCACCACCCGUCAUGUCGCUGCGGCGCCUCCUAGGCCUAGGCCUCUCCGGCCGCUCCCUCUCCAUCACCGACCUCCCCGGCCGUCUCCGCCGCUCCCUCUCCUCCUCCUCCACCGCCUCCUCGCACCCGCCAUGGGCCAUCAUCGACGACACGACCAUGGUCGACAGAUCGUCGUCGGCCCCGGGCGUGCGCUUCCGCCGCGCCCAGCCUCCGGGCGUCUCCAACAUCACGGCCGCGGCGCACCUCGUCGGCCCCAGGGACGUCCCCGCCGCCGACAGCAACGUCAUCCAAGUCCUCGGCGGCGAAGUCAGCGCGGCCAGCGGCGACGGCCACCUCCUCCUCAGCUACCUCGACCUUCAGGCGGAGGCCUCCUGCACCGCCUGGGAGCUCACCGCGGCCCCCGAAAUCCAGCGCUUCGUCUACAACCCCGUCAGCGGCCAGGCGCUCCCUCUGCCGGACAUCGAUGGCUCGAAAAGGGCCCUGUUUUGUCACCGCAUGGGCCUCCUCACCCAAGCCGACGGCGGGCUCGGGCGCAGUCCGCCUGACCGGUUCGCCGUCGCCGAGCUCGUCGGCCAGGGCGCCGCCCUUGUGCGGUUUCUCUCCGAGGAAGGGACGUGGAGGACGGUGAUGCUGGGCAGACCAUCGCUGCUCCCGCGCCGGAUGGACGCAAACCAGUCGACGGUGGCCUUCGGCGGCCGGCUGUGGUGGGUCGACCUGACCUUUGGGGCCAUCUCCGUCGACCCCUUCAGCGACCGGCCGGAGUCCCACCUCGUCGAGCUGCCGAGCGGCAGCGUGCUGCCUGAGCGUCCAGUUACAUUUGCAGUUGACGGAGAUCUUAGGAAGGUCCACGACAAGACGAGUUUCAUGCUAGAGGUGGCCAGGCACCGCCGCGUCGGCGUAAGCGAGGGGAUGCUGCGCUACGCCGAGGUGUCUCCUGUCGACCCGUUCCUGCUCAGCUACUAUGUGCUCGACGACGACAAUGGCAGCGGCUGGACGCUGGAGCACCAGGUGGCGCUCAAGCAGGUCUUGGCCGAUGGAGGCUACCCGUCGGCGUCGGCGGCGCCACAGAUUGCCGUGCUUGACCCACUGAAUGCGAAUGCCAUAUACCUUAAGGUCGGCAAGAACGUCGUCAUCGUGGACAUGCACAAUGUGAAGGUGAUCGGGGCCUCUCCGCUUGAAGGCGACUACUUUUCUCUGCUACCAUGCGUGUUUCCACCGUGGCUUGGAUCAAGCCGGAUCCCCAGUACCCCAGGCAACAACGAUGACAUGGAAGGGACAGAUGAUCUGGUUAGUUGUGUCUAUAACUUUUGAGUGAGUAUCAGGCUACCAGCUUAUGUAUCCCUGGGUUUCGUGGAACUAAUACUGGAUGGAGAGUUGUGUUAUAUUAGGAAGGAAGCUGCCAGUGGUCUGUCAAACUCUCAUUUUGGGGAAAUCUGGAUAAUUUUGGGUUUAUCUUAGGUUGCUGAUUAACUACUACUACCCCUGUAACUAAAUAUAAGACGUUUUUGCAGUUUAAAUUGAACUGCAAAAACGUCUUAUAUUUAGUUACAGAGGUAGUAUCUUGUUUCGAGGUAGCUGCUUCAGCCGCCAAACUAGGGCAUUCCAGUAGAACUAAAUUAAAUCUGGCAGCAGUUUCGUUCAUGAAAGUUUACCAGAUUGGCGGUAUGAAGGUACUUUUCACCGCUGUGAAGCUGCAUACUGCCAUCUUAUCUGACAUCAAAGAGUUGCUUAUGAUGUUUAGCAAUUUCUCUUCCACCUUUUUUCGGCAGAAUAGGCAAAGUUGCCGCUCACAUGUGUGCUAAAACUUCUAGUACUAAGAUUAUGCAAAGAUGCAAGUGGAUCAGCUCUGCUCCUGAUUUCUUGUUU